CCGUUGAAGAAAAACACUGACUAUACUACAAUAUCCAUCUACGUUUAGAAAUUAGAAUCUGGACUAUUUCGUACGGUACCGUUGAACUUCUCUUUCUUACCAAAAGAAAAAAAAAAAAAAACUACUAUUUUUAUUCCUCUUUUCGGUAAAGAAAAGAAAUCAGUUUCUUUUACUUUCUGGGGUUUUCAAAUUUCGGUUCAUACCCAUUUCAGGUCUUCCAAAGGUUUUGCAAUAAAAUUUACUUCUUUCUUAGAUCUGUUGACAUUAGAGACCUUUUGUUUGUUUCCUUUGUUCUUGGGCCUUGAGGAAUUAAAAACCAAGCGCAUGAUUUUGUGAUGCUUUUUAUGUUAAUGGCCGUGGAAAACUUAUUGCUCUUUUGAUACAUGAAGAUGGAUUACAAGCUGCAAGUCGGAGUCCAAUCCCACCUUGAACAGAUGGGAUCGCUAGAUGAUAGAUCAAUGCAUGAUCUCGAUGACGAAUGCCUCUAUUCCCCAGAAAUGGAUGCUCAAAAGACACAGUCUGCUGAUUCACAUGAACGAGUAUCACUCUCUGGUAGUUUGGCUGUUGGUGGUAGUAAAAUGAUAAGAAACUGUGUCUAUAAGAGCAUAAAGACCGUAGUUUUCUCCAAUAAACUCAACUUGCUCAUGGCUUUUGGGCCUCUAGCAAUCCUGGUUCAUAAGAUGACUGCUCAUAACGGAUGGGUCUUCUUUCUAAGCUUGCUGGGUAUAACACCUUUGGCGGAGCGUUUGGGUUAUGCUACUGAGCAGUUGGCUUUUUUCACUGGACCUACAGUUGGUGGUCUUCUAAAUGCUACAUUUGGGAAUGCAACAGAACUAAUUAUUUCGAUUUAUGCAUUGAAAAGUGGAAUGAUACGUGUUGUUCAGCUGUCGUUGUUAGGCUCAAUUUUGUCAAACAUGCUGCUUGUUCUUGGAUGUGCGUUUUUCUGUGGUGGGCUUGUAUAUCCUGGAAAGGAACAAGUUUUUAGCAAGGCCACAGCUGUUGUCAAUUCUGGACUGCUGCUAAUGGCUGUCAUGGGCCUACUCUUUCCAGCAGUCCUUCACUACACACACACUGAACGCCAUGCUGGGAAGUCAGAGUUGGCUCUAUCAAGAUUUAGCAGUUGUGUUAUGCUUCUAGCCUAUGCUUCCUAUCUUGUUUUCCAGUUAAAAUGUCAAAAAGAUCUCUAUGCCCCUAUUGAUGAGGAAGGAAGUCAGAAUGGGGAGAACUCAGAUGAUGAUGAUGAUGAAGCUCCAGAGAUCUCCAAAUGGGAAUCAGUGAUUUGGCUUGCAAUCAUGACUGCUUGGAUCUCUAUCCUAUCAGACUAUUUGGUGGAUGCCAUAGAGGGGGCAUCUGAGGCAUGGAAUGUGUCAAUUGCGUUUAUUAGUGUAAUCUUGCUCCCCAUUAUUGGGAAUGCUGCAGAGCAUGCAAGUGCUAUUAUGUUUGCCAUGAAAGACAAGCUUGACAUAUCCUUGGGAGUGGCAAUAGGGUCAUCAACUCAGAUUUCUAUGUUCGGGGUAGAUGCUAUUCCUUUUUGUGUGGUGAUUGGGUGGAUGAUGGGGCAGGAAAUGGACUUAAACUUCCAGCUUUUUGAGACAGCAACUCUGUUUAUAACUGUUAUAGUUGUAGCCUUUUUUCUGCAGGAAGGAACUUCUAACUACUUCAAAGGAUUAAUGCUUAUUCUUUGCUAUCUUAUAGUGGCUGCGAGUUUCUUUGUACAUGAAGAUCGAUCCUCGACUGAUGAAAGUAAGCAACCACAAACGUGAUCAGUGAAACAGUUGAAUUAAGGGGUGGAACUUAUCUCAAACCUAGAAAGAGAAAAUGCGGUGGAUUCCAAACAACUAUGAACCACAUGCUGGUGUAAAUACAUUUGAUUCCAGUUUUUCCAGCUGCUUAUACUUGUUCAGUUAAUAUUAUUAUUGAACAACUGUCUUGCUCAUUAUGUUGUUCUACAUUUCAUGCAGAGCUAAACAUCUGCGAAUAUGGGAAUUAGAAAGACUGAAUGUGUAUACUGUAGAUAAAAAGAGGAUUCUUAAAAUUUUUAUGGUUAUGUAAACUCUAAUUCUUUUCAACAUCAGCGCCUUUGCUCACUUAAGGAUUGGUUGAAAGUUGAAUUCAACUUGAGCAAAUGCCAAUUACAACCGACACAACUACUGGCCCAAACCAACGCGAUCCAAGCAUGAGUCUACAGGCAAUGGCUCAGAAGGUUAAUAUUUGGACCCAAACUCACCUUCACCUGCCCAAUUCCCACGUUUUAUAUAUUGGAAGCUUUAAGCCUUGUUUCCCUUCCUAUUUGAAAAACAGAUUGUGUAAGGUGUGGUGUUCCAAUUAAUUUUGAUUUUCUACAAGACACUGAGCCAAUCACAUAAAUUUCACACAAAUUGAUAUUGCAACAAAGAAAAAUGAUUCUUAUAUAAAUAAUAAACCACUCACCAUUUCUUUUCUUAGUAAAACCAUCCAUCAAAUUAGAAAAAGUACCCCA